AUGGAACAGCCGAGGAAGGCAAUGGCUUCCACUCUCGUCGUAUGGCUACUUCUCGUGCAAUCAUGCCUGCAGGUGCCGUGUGCUCUCGGAGCCGACGACUGCUGGGUCCUGGACCGCGACCGCUACCGCUGCUGCUUCAGGACGGCCAAGUGCAGGGCGGCGUGCGCCGAGGACCACUUCGUCGACGGGCGCUGCAAGAAAGGGUUCCCCUACCUGCUGCCCCUCUGCGAGUGCCUGCGCCCGCAGUGCGCAGCGCCGUCGCCGUCGCCGCAGCCGGAGCGACCAGCCACGCGGAGCUCGGAUCGAUCCCGCCGUAUAGCUCGUCCGAGACGCGUGCAUAGUGAGCGCGGGGAAGACGAAUAA